UGCGCAGGCUUCCGGAAGUUGCCGCGUCCGACCGUUGCCUAGCAAUAGUAAACCGGCCGAACUAGUCCUGGCUGGUCCUGGUUGGGUUGAGUCGGAAACAUUUCGCCGGCUAGGACAGCCAUGGACUCCCCGAGGGCGUCCUUCGUCCCGUGGGACGCAGUCAGCCUGAAGGCAGAAGUUCAGCUACGGGUGACUCCCUUAGAGAUGAAGUUCUGUGACGCGCUGGCGGGGAGAGUGUACCGCCUCCCGAUUACAUUACACAAUCUUGGUCGCUGCAACAAGAAAAUUCGGUUUCUGGAGCCGGCCAAGCCACAG